GUUGGCGCGCUCGCUCUAUAUUCGGUGUGCUUGGAGACGGGCGUGGGCUUCAGCGGCAGCCCAGCCACGCUCCGGGCCCUCUCGGAGCUUGGCAUUCUGGCGGGCUUCGGCGGUUUCGCUGUGCCGGGGCGCCCGUCGCGCGCGGGGCGUCAACGUCACAAGAGGCUCUGUGCGUGCGAGGGCCCCGCGGUGCACCCCGAGCACUUGGUCCCGGCGCGCGACCUCGUCGAGAUGCGGCCCAAGGGCGCAGGUGAUUUGCCGAUUGUGCGCGUCGCCAAGCAGCCGCCGCACCUGCCGGCGACCAGGCCUGUGGAGCCUCUUGCUGCGUCCCCAGACGGGGGCGACGCCAGCCGGGCGGUGCGCGCCGCGCUGGCCGAGGCCGACGGGCUGGCCCUGACCCUCGAGGCUCGGCAAGAGCUCGUUGACGAUGCUCAUGCCGCUUCGCUGCGCACCGCCCGCCUCGACUUCGGCGGGGUCGUCGACGCCGUCGGUGCCGCGCUCGCCCGCUGGGGUGGCCGAGUUCGAAGACCAGCCCCGCUGCGAGGUGCUGGCCACGGCCAGAGACCCGCGUUCCAGGGCCAGCUCAGGCAUGAGAUGGCUGGCGGGGGGCAGCUUGGGUACAUUGCUGGCAUGCUGGAGACAGUCCUUGCCUGGCAUUGGUGGGAAGAGCUGCCGCUCCGCGCGUGCGACGCCAUCGGCGACGAGCUGGGCGGAAUGCGGGGCUCCGCCCAGGGUCUCCUGGACAACGUGGCGAACUUCGCCCCG